UAGACAGCCAAAUAAAAAGCAGAACGAAAUACUUUGCUGAAAAUGAUUUCAUCUUUCUCCUGCUUUAUGUGGAUGACAUGUUGAUUGUGGGUCGGAAUGUUGGAGAGAUUGAUAGAUUGAAAAAGGAGUUGAGUAUAUCAUUUGCCAUGAAGGACUUAGGACCGGCGAAACAAAUUCUAGGGAUGAGAAUCUCUAGGGAUCGCAGGAAUGGAAAUUUUUGGUUGUCUCAAGAAAGGUAUAUUGAAAGAGUUCUUGAGAGGUUCAACAUGAGCAAGGCUAAGGCGGUUAGUACUCCACUUGGAGGACAUUUCAAAUUGAGUUUGAAGCAUUGUCCUACAAGUGAGGAAGAGAAAGUAGCAAUGAAGAAUGUGCCUUAUGCAUCAGCUGUUGGGAGCUUGAUGUAUGCCAUGGUUUGCACAAGGCUGGAUAUUGCUCAUGCCGUUGGGAUUGUUAGUCGUUUUCUUUCUAAUCCGUGGAAAGAACAUUGGAGAGCAGUGAAGUGGAUUCUUCGCUACUUGAGAGGUACUUCUAGAGUGUGUCUAUGCUUUAGUAAUGACAAGACCAUACUUGAUGGAUAUACCGAUGCUAACAGGGCAGGUGAUGUGGACUCUAGAAAGCCGACUUCUAGAUACAUGAUGACUUUUGCAGGUGCUGCAGUUUCAUGGCAAUCUAAACUGCAAAAAUGUGUUGCAUUAUCAACAACAGAAGUCGAGUACAUAGUCGUGAUGGAUGCUUGCAAAGAGAUGCUAUGGUUGAAGAAGUUUCUCCAAGAGUUGGGCAUCAAGCAAAAGAGGUAUGUGCUCUAUUGUGAUAGUCAAAGUGCAAUCCAUCUUUGCAAGAAUCCUACUUUCCACUCAAGGUCGAAACACAUAGAUGUUUGAUAUCAUUGGAUUCAUGAUGUUUUGGAAGAAAAGUUGUUGGAGCUAAACAAGGUGCAUACGGAUGACAAUGGUUCGGACAUGGUGACUAAGUCUCUACCAAGUGGGAAACAUAUCUUCUGUCGAGAUGAGAUAGGUUCGGUGCUACCCCCCAUAUGAGCUGGAGGGAGAGAUUUGUUGGGUUGGUCCAACUCAUAUGGUGGUUGGAUUAACCGGUUUGAGUUUUGGUUGGUUUUUAGAAGAUCCUCUAUUUUUAAAAUAGAGAGUUAUUGUCUGAUCAAAAUUGAAAAGAGGAGUCAGCCUUUCAUUUUUCAAAGAGAGAGAAUAAAAAAAAAGAGAAGAGAUAAGGAAAAAGAUAGCAGAGAGAAAGAGCUGCAGUAGGGCAGCCUGUUCAAGUGAGUGUUCUGGAAGAUUGAACCGUCGAUCGUCCUUAAAUUUGGACAAUGGGUUUGUAAUUGUCUGGGCUUCAUUCUGACCGGAGGGAUCGUCAUUCUGAGCUCUAGUGCGUCCAGAAUCACUACUGAACAGAAGGUGUACAAAUCUGUUUUUGUACUCCUCAACCUCUCUUUGUCUUGCUCUUGUUCUAGUUAUCCACCAUGUUGGUGAGAGCUAUUGUGGUUGAUUUUUUAUCCAAGAAGGGUGUUCUUGAGGUGUUUUGUAAUCCUCUAGCUAGUCUAGAGAGACUUGUAAUCCCACCAAAGUCUAGUGAAGUUGUAGCUUGGACAAAGAUCCCGUGGUUUUUCCCGAUUUGAGUUUUCCACGUAAAAAUUGUUGUCUUGUGCAUUUGAUUCUUGCUUGUGGUUGUUGCCCAGUUUCUCAAAGUGAUAUCAGAGCAUUAGGUUGUUUGGGGGUUGUGUAUGGUGAAUGGCAAGAAUGGAUGACUCAAGUGGAGCAAUUGCUUCAGCUUUCUCGCUGUUGACUGAUCUACUCGCCGACCACCAAACCCAGUUAUGAAAGGGAUAAGAAAUAUAAAAAGAAGCUGAAAUUUAUGGGAAACACAUCACCAACAAAAUCAAUAAUGCACCGAUUAAUAGAAGUAGAAGAAAACUCAUAAUAAUCGACAGAAAGAGGCGUUUGGGUAAACCAAAUAACACGGGAAUAGAACAAAAGAAUACAGAGUCCACGUAUAAAUUCCUUGAAAUCUGUGCAUGUCCCCGCAUGAAGGCUGGAAUGCAAAUAUCCGUGGAUGUGAAGAAGCUAAAAUAUUAUUACAGUAGUCCCAUGCCCUUGUUUUUCUGUGAAACAAGAUUUAGGCCCAAAAUCAUGUCUUUCAAUAGUGAUCUUCAAAUGGGGGGAGAGAGAGAGGGUGAAGAGGAAGGGAGGUGGAGGAGGUGGGAUUAAGUGGUGGAGGCUAGUGGCGUAGCCAGACAUCGAGUCCACUAGGGUCCUUAAAAUUUUACUAACAUAAAUGCUUGUACCUAAUGAAUUUUGAUUUAACCG